CUAGAUUCUACUAUUAUCUCUCACGUUUCAAGUACGUCAGGUUUACGAGGGUGAUUCAUCAGCUCAUAUCUCUCUCACCGUGACGAUGUCGACAGUAGCUGAACUCGAGCUCUGGCCGAAACCUUCCCCACCGCCCUCGAGCAUCUCACCAAGCAGACUUCCUGGAUCUACCUACGAAUCCACGAAAGCUCUACUUGAGGUAUUGAAGUUAAACCACGAAAGAUGGCAUGUUUUCUAUGAUGACAAUGGAAGACACAACCACAUAUCUCAUCACGUCUUGGCUGUAUGGGCAAUGGGUGCACACAAAGACAUCAUCUCCAUGGGCUACAAGAAGAACGAACAUAUGAUGAAACCGAGGAGAUCGUCGCCUGAACCAAUCACUCAAGAGAACUUCAACGAUCACUUGGGUGAUCAUAGCUACUACGAUGCCUAUCUUCGAUUUUUCACCGAGGAACUUCGUUCGAAAGGCCCUUCCUCCACGUUAGAGGAGUACAUUUUUUCGCCAAAGGUAAACUUCGGGACUAUCAGUAAACACGGCGAUCACCCUUCGAUGCUCAGUCGAUUCGUUGCCGCUCUAAUGCACGCCCUGAUUCAUGUUGGUUAUGGCGCAGAGUUUGGGUUACCCGGGAUGUUCGUACAAGGUCUCGCUAUGGCUGCAGGUAGCCGCUCUGGUAGCAAUCAGAUUCUCCCGCCUGCGCUCUUCCGAGAUAUCGACCUCCUUCGAGAAAAUUCCCGUUAUGUGGGUCUCAAAUCUCUCCAAAGCACAGCAAACGCGUCAUAUGGGAACGGGAACGACGGACAAGGGCCCAACAGUUUCAUGGACGUCUUCUCUUCCAACGAGGUACCAAAUCAACCGGCUCCAACAUCUACCCCUUCAUUGAAUCUAGCUGCGCCACGUCUCGCGGCUGUUGUUUCUGCGCUUUCCGGAGGAGCUGACCCUAGGACAAAUGUAACGGCCAAGAACGUCCACGCCUUCGAUGUCAUCGCUCGUAUCAUCAACGAUCCGAACGUCCGACCACAAAAAACGGGACUACAGAUGAUAUAUGGGUCUGUCCUAGAGGAAUGCGGAGAUGCGAUCUACCGCUACGCUAGCGAAUGGUCGCCGGAUGUGUCAUCGGUAUCGGCAAAAAUCGAAGAACUUCAGUGGACUGCGGCUCUUCUUUACGCCGUAUCGGGAUUUAGGCAGCUAGAGGGUGGCGAGUUCAAUGCCGAUUUCUUGGCAAUGCACUUUGUCACCUCAGCUCUAUUCCUUCCGUCUUUAGCUGUAUACCUUUCUGUGCCAUCCCAGAUCCUCCUUCUUCGAAGCCACUUUGUCGUGUGCCUCACCUGGUGGGUGGCUAUAGGUAAAGCUCAUUUGGAUAUCCCAGCUUUUUUCGCUGCGGAUACAGCUCAUCCAGGUCCAUCGGGUACUCGCCCUACCGUUAACAAACGCGCUUUACCCGCUCCCCAGUCUCCUAUCGCCAUCAACCCGAACCCAUGGACAUAUAUCAUCCAACAAGCUAUAACCCACCCAGAUGAUCACGUACCUAAGCUCUUACGAGCUCUAAUGCAUUUUUCUGUCCUAUAUGGAGAGAGGGAGGCCGGUUUCUUCGGUGGAACGGAGUUGAGGGAUGCAGAUAAGAUUGAUGGGACUUUGUUCAUUAGGGCCGCCGGGUUGACGGUUGAAAGGCUCACGAGGGAAUUUAGAGAGGUUCCCGAUGAACAGGUGUAUUGGGAUAGGAAAACGUACAUCCCAGGAGCGCCUCAUGGUAGUUAUUAGGUGUACUUAGUCGAUUCAGAUGUGUCGCCAUAUGAUAAAUGAUGUACUUGGUUGUUGUUCUGAUAUGUGUUAUAGUAUAGUACGCCUUUGGACUCGUC